ACUGUCUCUGGCCACAACCUGCCUCCGCAAUAGACAGUUAAUUAUUUGAAGCUUUGUUGCUUUUGUUAACUGGACCAUCUUCAGUCAUAGAUCUUCCAAAAUGAAGUGAUUCAUCAGCUAAUUCAGAAGUUUUAUCUUAAAAAAUGAAACUUUCACUCAGUGCUCUUCAGUUGAAAAUGCUGUUCAAAGAGAAUGAAGCCUUUUUUUUAAAAAAAAAAUAACAAUUACAACCCCAAUUAGUUUUUCUUUUAAACCCCCCCUUCCAAUAUUUUAAAAAUAUUGUUUCAAGUGCUUGCAAACUGCCUCAAGCACCUUUGACAGAGGAAGUGGAGUAGAAAGUUUUAAAGUACAUAAUAAUACAUAUUAAAGCACUGUGUUCAUCUUAGUAUGGAGGUUAAGCCACACAAACAUUAGGAACCGGAUGAAAGGGAAAAUAACUCUAAAAGAGAGAAAGCAACAGCAUUCUUAUAUGAGAACCUAACUUACAAAACGGGGUGGUUCCAGAAUAAUUUGAAGACUUAUUAUUUGCAGGCAGAAAAUCCACACUUGUUAAAAUAAGAUUUACAGCUUUUUUUUUUUUUUUAAUAGGUAUCAGAACUAAGGUUAGAUGUUCCUAAACUAUAAUGUUACCUGACUGUUGACUUCAUCAGCCCUUAACUCUUUUCAUUAAAUCAAUCCGCAGCCAUCAGCAUUUUGUCUACUCAUGACCACUAACACUGAAUAAGGAUACCAGCCUCCAGAUGGGAUCCGUGGAUCUCCUAGAUUAGAAUUACAGCUCACCUCCAACCUACAGAGGCCAGUCCCCUGGAGAAAACAGAUGCUUUGGCCAGCAGACUCUAUGACAUUGUAUUCCAGUGAGGUCGCUGUCCUCCCCAGGCUUCCAUUCAGAAAUCCCCAGGAAUUUCCCAACCUGGAUCCGGCAAACCUACUCCCCUUUCCCCUGCCGGUGUUGAGGGAAGACCUGUCAACCCUAACACCAACUAAAAUUCUUUUCCCACUUAUUAGUAUAUAUUUAACGUAUAAAGACAAGCCUCUAUAGGUCAUCAACAAAGAUGGAAGGGGAAAUAACAAUAGUAGGAAGAGCGGGAAGCCGUCUCUCAAGUAGCUGAUGAAGGAAGGUGAACUUAGUGCAGCUCAAGCCCAUCUGGCCUUAUUACUGAGUAAGUCCCAUAAGAACAUAAGAGAAGCCGUGUUGGAUCAGACCAAUGGGUCAUCCAGUCCAACACUCUGUGUCACACCGUGGCCAAAAACCCCAGGAGGUCCAGCAGUGGGGCCAGGACACAAGAAGCCCUCCCACUGUUGCCCCUCCCAAGCACCAAAUACAGAGCAUCACUUGCUCCAGACAGACAGUUUCAACAAUAUGCUGUAGCUAGUAGCCACUGAUGGACCUCUGCUCUGUUCCAUAUGCGGCUUUCACGGAAUUGUGCACAGGAACGAAACUCAAACGUACUACAUGCCUGCAAACUCACGCUUUUCUGUGCAGCAGACUCCAGGACUCAACCAACAGCAGCGCAUGCUCUCAACUCCUUGAUCCGGAAGCCAAAAUAAUCGGCCUCCACUCCUUCCUGGACAGAUUAUACGCUUCGUCCCGGUUAUAUCUUUGCAUUUGCAGUGGAAUUUUUUUUAACUUAAAAAACAACCACCGUGUUCUGUUUACGGCUCUUGCUCAUGUUUAGAAUGAGCUUUGUCGAUUCAGAGAAAGAGGGCAAAAUACUUCAGUAGCUCUACUGAGCAUGCUCGGUAGUAUUGUGCAGCGAAACGGCUGUCCGAGUUUUAAGGGUCAUCUUGGAACGAACGGGAAGGAAGAGGUUUUUCCCUCCGUAGGCACUAAAAGAAGGAGCUGGAAAGGGCAAUGGCGGGACUUCAUUUGAUUUGAGGAGGCAUGCGCAAAAUAGACCGGGCAUGCUCCGUAGUAUCUAGUAGACAGCCUGUGAACGGGUAGAGGCAGUCAGUCGUGAGGCUAACAGGAAGCUUGGUGGGAAGAGCCAGGAGGGGAGCGCCUCUUGCAGUCAUGGCGGAUGAAGAGGAAGACCCCCCUUUUGAAGAAGAUACUGAGGAAGCUGGUGGAGGCCCAGAUGGUGCACAGGGCAAAAGGAAACGGUUGUUCUCCAAAGAAUUGAGAUGCAUGAUGUAUGGCUUUGGAGAUGACCAGAAUCCUUACACUGAAUCUGUGGAUAUUCUUGAAGAUCUGGUCAUUGAAUUCAUCACAGAAAUGACCCACAAAGCAAUGUCAAUUGGACGGCAAGGACGAGUACAGGUUGAAGAUAUUGUGUUCUUGAUCCGUAAAGAUCCACGGAAGUUUGCUCGUGUGAAAGACUUGUUGACCAUGAAUGAAGAACUGAAACGGGCUAGAAAAGCAUUUGAUGAAGCAAAUUAUGGAUCCUGAAGCCUUUUGUGUAGCAGAUUCGUAGUGCAUGCAGAACAUAAAAAAUGCUUCUGCUUUGAACUGUACUUUUUCCUUGGAGCCAGGAAAUACAUUGAUCCUGCUGGACCAGCUUGCUUCGUUUGAACUACAAGCCUAGUUGGCUGCCUGCUACCAACAAAAACUGCUCUAGUUAACAUUUGUUCACUCAGUUGUGUCAGGAAUUUUUUUAAUUUUGUAAGUGUAUGUAAUAUAAAAUUGGUUGUCCAUUUUUCUUUUAAAGAUAAUAGUAAGUUUUAGAAAUAAGUUUGGGUGAUCCUUGGCCUCAUACAGUGGGGCGUGCUUGAACUUUCAUUGCAAACCCUUUGUUCAGGGAGUUCAUUAAACCUCUACUAUGAAAACCUAUGUGAACAGGUUUCAUACCAACA